AUGGUUGAAAACAUUAUUGGAACUACACUUGAUUCGGCUAUAACGUUAUGUCAAAACCUUGUCCACACAAGGCAUUGUCGUUCUGUUGGGUAUGGACAAAAGUCACUUAUUUAUCAUUGCAAAACAUGUUCAAAAACUGAAGGUGCUUGUUUAUGUGCAUUGUGUUUUAAUGGCAGUGACCAUAAAGGUCAUGACUAUUCAAUUACUGAAGCGUCAAAUUUUACUUGUGAUUGUGGUGAUGAAAGUCAAUGGAAAGAAGAGGGAUUUUGUCCUCUUCAUGGGAAGGGAUUUACAGGAAAUUUAAGGUUAUUACUUCCAGAUAAAUAUCGAGAGUUUCCUGAAAAAAUGACUCAGUGUAUUGAUGUGUAUGUUUUUGAAUUAAUUAGAAACAAUAUUACAGAAAUAGAAAAGAUUGGAGACAUUAUUUUAAAAUUAAUGCAAGUUGAUUUAUUUUAUUUAAUUAUUGCAGAGCUUUUAACAAAACAAUUCUCUCCUUCGUCAUCUGUUCUCGUUGAACAGCUUCAUCAACAAAAGAUUACUUAUCAUGAAUUUUUGUAUGAAAAGAUGUUUACAACACCAAAACCACCAACAACAUUAAUGAGAAUUUUAACAUCAUUUCAAACUGACUUAACUUUGAUUCAUUUUGACCAUGAAAUUAUUUAUAAACUCUUUAUUUAUUCAUUAGAGUUUUCUCAACACUCAUUGAAUGAAGUUUUUUGUAAUACUUUUAUCUUUCGUUCUUAUAAAGAUAACAACAAUAAAUAUUUAUUCUUUAAUAAAGAACGUUAUUUACAAUUUAUUUCUAUUACCCAAUCAGUACUUGAUGGUUAUGUUAGUCAGAAUACAACAACUACGAUGCAACAAGUACAAAAUGUUUAUGAUUUUCUUUGGGCUGUUUUUCUUUAUUGUCCAAAUGAAAUACAAGAUGCUCCAUUUGAUAAAUCAUGUGUAAUUAAAACUGCAGUGUUUUUAGCUACAUUAUCUAAUCGUUUUGAAACACUUCCAUGUUCAAAAGUUCAUGAACAGCAAAAUCAAUCUCGUCAAGAAGUUUUAAAAAAAAUUUAUUGUCUUUAUCUAAUUACAUCUCGUCUUAUACCUAAUAUUAAUAUUCAAUAUUUAUAUGCUGCUUAUAAUGAAGUAUUAGCAAUCCUUAUUCAACACAUACAAAAAUAUUUUAAAGAAGUUCCUUCUAUAGUGCUUGAUGGAGAUAGUAUAGACGUAAGAACUCAUCAAACAAAUCAACCAUGUUCUCCUAUGGGAUUCAUUUUACCAUUUUUUCUUUCAAUUUAUCUUAGAAGUAUAAAGGAAGGGAUUAAUCCAUUAAUCCCAAAAGAAGAUGCUAAAUUAAUUCUUCAAUAUUGUUUAUUGUCAAUUAAAUUUCGACAAGACUAUGAGAAUAAAGUAUAUAUAUACAAUGAUGACACUGUAUUGCUUUUUUAUUGGUAUUAUGUUUCUGGAACAAAUCUAAGAACAAUUUUAAGUGAUUACACAAUGGUUAGACUACUUAUUCCUAUUGUUGGAGUAGAAUAUUUUAUUAAAGAAAGUUGUGUCAUGUUUGAAAUGAUUGAAUAUUCUCAAAGUAUUAAACACUAUUCAAUACAUAAAAUUAACAACAAGAAAGAAAUUGUUGUGAAUUAUUUAACAUUGUUAAUACAAAUAGAUAGAAGGUUUGAGUUAGUAAAUGAUAUGUCUGAUGAAGAUAUGUUAAAAUUGAUGAUUUCACAUCAUAUUAUUAGUGGUAAUACUAGACCAAAUGAAAUAAGUAAAAAAGUAAUAAUACGUAAUUUCAAUACAUAUGAUUUAUUUGAUGUUGUUUAUGAUAAAGAUAGUAAACAAUUAAGAAAACAUUAUUUAGAAGAAAUAGACCCUUUAACUCCGUUAUUAAAAUUAUCAGAAAAAGAAGUUCUUAUUAAUACUUGUUUAUUACAACCCCAAAGCCCAUUACCACAUAGGUAUCAAUUUAAUAGUCUAAGAAAAGAUGAGCCUCAUAAAAUACUAUUUCAAAGUGUUUUAAUUUAUUCAUUAAUUAAGGAUAUAAUUGAAUUAAGAUUAGAAGAUAUUUCACCACUUAUUAUUAUGUUAAUUCUUGAAUGUAAUGAUGUUGUUGAAGAAUUGAAUAAAACCAUCACAAUAGGGAGAUAUAUUUUAUCAGAGCCAAACCAUGAAAUAGAAAGAUUGAUAAUAAGUGAUAAAGAAAUGGUUCAAAUAAAUGAAUAUAUGAAAUAUUUUGGAAGAGAAAUGGGGAUGAAAGAAAAAGAGUUAUUUGAAAUGAAUGAAGUUGUUAAAGAAAUUGGAAAUGGGUUUGAGGUAGAAUAUGAAAAUUAUAAGAAAGAACAAAGAAAAAAUAUAAAACGCCAUAAAGACAAACAAGCACAAAUAAAACAACGAAUGAUAAACCAACAAAAUAAAAUAUUACUAAAAGAUAAACAAGAAUUACAAGAAUUAGUUAAAGAAGAAGAAGAAAUUUGUGUUAUCUGUCAACAAAAAAAGAAUGAUAUUGUAGGAUUUUUUACUUGUUUUAGUGAAAAUAAAAAAGUUGAAACUAUCAGAAAAAUGAAUAAUGGAAUUAAAGUGAAGUGCAAUGUUAAUGGAUGCCAACAUACUGUACAUUAUAGUUGUUAUCAACAUUAUAAAAGAAAUGUAUGCCCAAUAUGUAAAUAUCAAAUUAAUCAUUUUCUACCUCAUCAAAAUGAAUUUAAGAAAGAAGAAUCAACUAUUAUUGAAGGAAAAGAAACUACAAGAAAAGAGGUAUUAAGAAAUUGCAUUUUUAAUGAAUUUUAUGAUGAAAAAAGUAAAGAAAUCGAUAUAUUAGAAAAUGUGAUUGAUUGUUUAUAUGGUACAAUAGUAUCAUUACAAUGUUCUUCAGAAUUAAAUUAUUUAUAUAAAGAAACAGACAGACAAAUAAUAAUAUCAUUGUUAGAAUUAGCUCGGUUUAUUUUUUAUGAAACUGAAUUAUUUCAAGACAUUCAUCAAAUGCACUAUGAUAUUGAAGACUAUUAUCAACAAUGUAAAAAUCCUCUAAAAAUUUAUUUAUUUAGUUUAGUUUCUCAAUCAAAUACAAUGGAACGUAUCGCUUGGAUAUCACAAGCAAGGAAUUGUGCUUGUAUUGCAAAACAACUUGGAUUAUGUCAUGAUGAAUUUGUUUGUAUUGAUGAUGACAUUCACUAUCAAAAUAUAAUAUUACCAACGAAUAUACAAAAACAACUACAAGAAUGUCUAAGUAUUAAACAACUUACUGAACAAUUGACAUGUGUACUAAAUGAUCAAAUAAAAUUAUUAAAUGAAAUUAUUCAUAUUAAAGAAAUUAAUGUGUCAAUAGGAGUUUAUGAAAUGAUGGGAUUUAUUGAUGAACUUUCAUUUAAUAGUUUGCCUGAUAUCAAACAACCAAUUUUUGAUUUUAAAUUACAAAAAUAUUUUAAAGAUUUUGUAGGGCAAUUUGCAGAACAAAAAUGUAGUGUAUGUAAUGAAUUACCAAAAGAAUAUAUGAAAUGCUCAUAUUGUUUAAGUUGUGGUGCCUUUAUUUGUGAUAAUCAAGAAUGUUUUAUUCUUCAUAAAUUAAAAAAAGAAUCUCCUGAUUUAUUAUAUAUUUAUUUAAGAAAUGGAAGAAUUUGUGUUCAUAUUAAUUCAACACUAACUGCUUCAUCUUGUAUUUACUUUAAUAAAUAUACAGAACCUUUUGAACAAAGUCAAUUAAAACAUAGUGAAUUUAUUUUAAAUGAAUUAAAAUUACAAGAAUUUUUACAACAUUAUAUAAGAGGAGAUGUUAUAGAAAAUCCAAUGUUUAAAUGA